UGGGAUGGGCUUGAACACACAUGUAAUGUAACAAUAGCCUCGGUCGAGGUGAGGUGGAAGAAGCAAAGCAAUCUCCGUGAGCGGUGAUGGCGCAGCAGUGGCGAUCUCUCCUCUUCCUCCUCCUCCUCCUCCUCGUGCCCUUCGCCGCCGCCGCCGGGCAGGAUGCGCCGUUCGUGGUAGCACAGAAGAAGGUUGCGCUGUCCCGCCCGGGUCCAGGCGUGGAGCGCCUCGCCGUCACCCUCAACCUCUACAACCAGGGUUCCGCGACCGCCUAUGAUGUUAGCUUGAACGACGACUCUUGGCCACAGGAGGCUUUUCAACUUAUCUCUGGAACCACAUCAAAGAUUGUGGAAAAACUUGAUCCUGGUGCUACUGCUUCCCACAACUUCAUCUUGGAGACCAAAGUGCAGGGCAAGUUUCAGGGCUCUCCUGCCAUUAUCACAUACCGUGUUCCCACAAAGGCCGCACUUCAGGAGGCUUACUCAACGCCCAUGUUUCCACUUGAUAUUCUUGCUGAGAGACCUCCCCAACAGAAGUUUGAAUUGGCUAAGAGACUUGUGGGGAAAUAUGGGUCGCUGGUCUCCGUUGUUUCCUUUGUCGGUGUGUUUAUCUACCUGGUUGCAAGCCCGUCAAAAUCCACUGCUGCAAAAGGAAGCAAGAAGAGGCGCUAAAUCUGUUUUGUUGCCUUUUUUUUGUUGUAUUUGGUUUUACAAGAAUGUACUCUCUCAGGUUUUAUAAGGUUCUCCUAUGUACUCUAAGGGAUUAACUAGACUAAGGCAUCAUCUGUCAUUUUGGCCUUCUGUAGUUGAGCAUCUCGGGUGAGGCCUGAGCUGACUGACUUAAAAUCAGAGGUGUAGAUUUGAUACAUCUUAAAUCAUUUUAGUACAUUCAACCUUUUGUGCCUG